AUGCUGCUGAAAUCACUCGCCGCCGCCAGCUUGGCGAUUAAGGCCACGCAAGCCUUCAUCGUUGUUCCCGAAAUCUCUCAAGCCGACAGCGAAAUUGUCAACACACUCCCUUUCGGGCUCGAGGAUCCAUCUAUCGAGAUGGGCCUCGCAAGCCAUCGCGUCAAGGUCGACUGUCCCGGAUGCCCCUUGGCGAUGCGUCACUACGACGGCCGCUACCACACAAUGUCUAACAUCAACAACCACCUCGAGCUGACCUUCUCCAUCGACACCGACACCUCGGGCGUCGAUCACCUCCUUGUCAACGACUUUGAGCUCUACCCCAAGCCCGCCUCGUGGUACAAGGCUCUCCGUGCCCCCCAGAUCCCCGACUUCACCGAGGCCGCCACCAAGCAUCCUCGCAAGGCCAGCCCCAACACUCCCCAGCUGGGCUACAGCCUAGGUGUCCGCCCCGUUGCCAAGGACACGGAGCAGCAGCUCGAGCUCGUUGAGAUUGAUCUCCAGAUCAUCGAGGUUGGAAACAGCUUCGUCAGCGAUAUUCCCAACGUCAACGUCAAGUUGAUCAAGUCCCCUACCGGCAACCUUAUGAUCGCCAACAUUGAGCAGACCGAGACCUCUGUCCCUUCUCGCCAGGAGGAGGAGCAGGAGGAGGUGGAGGACCACGUCGAGGCUCCCGCCGAGGACUGCACCACCUUCUACUGCAAGUGGCGCGCCGCCAUCCUGAACAAGAUGCAUCGCAUGAAGCACUGCGGCGGCCGCAAGAACCACGGAGCUAUGCACGGACAGCACCGUCACGGCCACCACAACGGCCAGGUCAGACAUCACCACCACACCUGGGCUCAACUGGCCAAGAACGUCGCCUCGCAUAUCCUGUUCCCCGUGCUCAUUGGCAUUGUUGCUGGCGUCAGCGUUAGCAUCAUCGGCAUGAUGGUUGGCACCUUUGUCGUCUGCCUCUGGCGUGUCUUCGUCCGCCGCCAGCCCCCCUUCGCCCGUCGUCACUGCCGCCGCCGCGCGCGCAAGUCUGUCCACCGCGAGGCCGCUGCCGUCGAGGAGAAGUCGGGGCUCAUGGCCGACUCUGAAGACCUCCCCCCUUACAAGGAUAACGAGGAGGAUGCUUGCAAGACCGAGACCGCUCAGGUCUAA